GACAAAUCCUGCAGUUUUUCCUCCCAUGUUCACCGCUUUGGGGCGCCAUGCCGACACACCGCGGGGGCGCGCCCUGCGCCGUGUGCAAGCCACAGGCUCGGCGCCGGCGGCGUUGCCGGCCUUCAGCGCCUGCACGUUGGGCCGGCGCAGUCUGUGGGCCAUUGGCAGCCUCUUGGGAGGCUUCACAUGUGCCGCGCCCAGCCGUGCGAAGCAGAUGCGCUCAAGCAAAGAAGUGGAGCGAAUAAAACUGGAAGACGGUUCGGAGGUGGUGAAGUUGGCGUCGGGCGUUCAAUACGUGGACCUUCGUACCGGUGGUGGCGAGGUGCCCCAGAUGGGUGAUAUGGUGCUGGCGCACGUGAAAGGAUAUUUGAUGGAAAAAGAUGACCCGGUCUUCAUCAACACCUACGACGACGGCGCGCCCUUGAUCUUUUACCUCGGCACCAUGCCGCAGGGCGUGACGCAACGAUUGGAGGAGGCGCUGGCCACCAUGAAGCUGGGCUCCAUCCGCACGGUGCAGGUUCCCUCCUACAUGGGAUAUCCCAAUGGCCUGGCUCGUGCCGGUGUGAAGUUUCCCUUGCGUCUACCGAUUCCUUUGAAGGAGGGCUUGCGUUAUGAAGUGGAGCUGCUUCGCUGUGUCCAAGCUCCGGUGGCCAACAGCGCCGACAAGGCCCAACGCCUCUGCUGUUCGGAUGCGCAAUAUCCCUGCAAAGUGCCUUCCAAGAUGCGUUUGGACGUGAUUUCCGAUGGGAGCUGAUGAGUUUGCAGAAAAA